AGUGUGGUAAACACGACUCGUCUUUCUGCCCGUCAUAAACACGGAAGUGAACUUUGGGAUAAAAAAAAAAGUUUGUGCGCAGGACUAAAUGCUUCUUGAUUUCUACUUUCUUCCUGAUUUUAACUAGAUUUUAACUCUUUGAGAACGCGUUGGAUACGUUUAGCGUCUCCAUUUUUAACUAGAAACCAAAGUAAAGCUGAACUAAGGAGCGCCGCUGAAGCAAUGGCCGACAUGGAUGAAGAAAUGUCAGAGAACAACUUCCCUCUCCAGCAGGACCUGACCUGCCCUGUGUGCCAGGGCAUUUUUACUGACCCCGUCCUGCUGCCGUGCUCACACAGCUUCUGCCGGGAGUGUCUGCAGAGGAGCUGGCAUUUCAGUAAGAGGUGCCCGGUGUGUAGAGAGCCGUGUGAGGAGGCUCAGGCCAUCUCUAACCUCGCUCUCAGAAACGCUUCGGAGAGCUUCCUCCGGCAGAACAACCGGCGACCCGCCCAGGCUUUAACCGGUGACUUGGUGUGUAAUCUUCACCUGAAGCCUCUGGAGCUUUACUGUGAGAAGGACGAGGAGCCUCUGUGUGUGGAGUGUGUGGCUCUACACAACACGCACAAGCUGUGGCCCACUAAAGAAGGCACAGCCAUAUGUAAGAACGAACUCGGCUACAAGGUCCAGAUUUUUGAGAAGAAAGUGGAUUCUUACAAGAAAAUGGUGAAGAAAUUCACCAAUGCUGUGGGAUAUGUCAAGCAUCAAGCUGGAGAAGCAGAGAGAACAAUCAAGGCCGAAUUUGAGCGGCUGCGCCAGGUUCUUUAUGCUGAAGAAACGAGGCGUUUAGAUGAGCUGGCCACUGAGGAGAGGGACAAGAUCAACAAUAUAGAAGGACUAAUUGAGGAAACCAAAGCAGGGAUUGUUAAACUGAAAGAGUUUAUCGAUUGUCUGAAGAAAGAGAUGGGCAAUGAGGAUUUGUCCCUUCUGCAGAAUUUCCAUGAUCUUAAAAAGAAGACCCAGUGGACUGAACGUGAUCCUGAUUUUCUGUCCGACUCCCUCUUGAACAUGGGAAAGCAUGUUGGUGGUCUGAGCUACAACAUCUGGAAGGACAUGAAGGCUCAUGUCAAAUAUUACCCAGUUUUACUGGACCCUAACUCCGCCUCCCCGUGGCUGUCCUUGACCCCUGACCUCACCAGUGUGAAGGAGAGCUCAGAGCGGAUGACUGUCCCUGAAAACCGCGAGCGCUUUGAUCCCUGCGUCUUUGUCCUCGGCUCAGACGGUUACGCUAGCGGCAAACACAAGUGGGACAUCAUCAUCGGAGACAACCCCAAGUGGAUUCUAGGCGUGUGCAAAGAGUCUGUGAUCCGUAAAAAGAAGUUCACGCUCUCAUCGAGUCGGGGCGUGUGGGCCAUCGGGCUGAGCAAAGGGGUCUACUCCGCCUUCACAUCUGAGCGGACAGAGAUAGCGGUGCCGCAGUGCCCUGAAAGGAUUCGCAUCAAACUGAAUAUAGAAAAGGGGGAGGUGUCGUUUUGGGAUGGAGGGAGAGAGAAACACUUGGUCACUCUUACACACAAGUUUGAGGAGAGGUUGUUUCCGAUUUUUGGCCCCGGGCUUUAUCCCACUCCUAUGAUCCUGGCUCCUGGAAAAAUAGCUCUACACACUUCGUAAAAGGACCAACGUGAUACCGAAGUGGGUUUUUGACCUGAAGCUGCAUGAUUGAUGUUCAGGAGGUAUGGUUGGCUCAAAAACACGUCACCAAACUGAGGGCUGAACGAUUAUUUGCAUAUGCAAUUAAAUAGCGAUGUGACAAAAGGAGACUUUCUAAUCGCAAAGGCUGCGAUCAGACUGGCAGCGAGUGGUUAGCACAAUGCUAAUGUAUAUACACGUAGGGAUGCUAACGCUAAUAUCGCCGAAUAGAUUCUUACAAAUUACGAAUUGGGAAUGUGCCAAAUUAUUACAUUUGGAGUAUAAUAAAAAGUAAAAACUGCCAUUAAUCAAAUAAGUACAGACAAAUAUUUUAGUAAAACUAGAAAACUGUACUUCAACUCCACUGAGUUUUGGCUAGCAGCUGUGAACGCAACUGAACUACGGAAGCUCCGCAUGGACAAGACGUCAAAAACUAAACUCAGAAGAUUUCAAUAAAUGGGACACACUUCUUUCCUGCAAAUAAAUUUUCAAAGUUGAUGCUCAUACCUAUUCUCCUUCAAGGGAUGUGCUCCUGGCUGCAAAGCAUCGCACCUUCAAAUACAAGAUGUUGUCUUUACUUGUGAGUGUUCAUGUAUGUGUAGACAUAUAAGAUAUAUAUAGAUACAUAAACUUGUUUAUAUUCAGUACAAGUUACAUAGAUCUAUUUUUUUGCUUCUGUUAGUUGAAAAAUGAGAAAGGCCCCUUGAGAAAAUAAUUGUGAAUUAAAUCGCAAUUAGAUUAUUUUCCAAAAUCGUUCAGCCCUACUCAUUAAACAACUCCUAAUAGAGCAAAGGUCAGAAAUGCAAAACCUGCUUGAAAAAAGUUUUAGAACAUGCAGCAAAGGAAGAGAACCUAAGGGAAAUUUGUGUUUGCAGCACAUGAGAACAGGGUAUCCGCAGGUCCUUAAAAAGUCUUAAAUUUGCUUUUCCAAAUUUAAGGCCUUGAAAAUCCUUAAAAAUGACAAAUAAUCCUUAAAUCCAGUUUCCAGAGGUCUUAAAUUACCAAAGACCCAAUAAACAAGAUUCUUUUAUUUCUAUAAAAAAAUUUUCGUGAAUUUCUGGUUAGUCUUCAGCAUUUUUUGUGUAUGAUGUUGGCGUAAGCGGAACCGUACACGUUCAUUUGGUUGUGAAAGGGGGCUGUUUUUAGAUGAGCGCAUUAGCUGGUUAAGCUAGUGGGAGCUUGCGCCAUGGGGAAGUGCAAGUUUAAUGGUAACUGGAUGGCUAAUCCCACAUUUGUGACGUGGUUAGCACCGGUUCCAGGCAAUAGCUGGAAAUUAUAGCUUAAAUUUUAUUUUAAAAAUAGCUUAAAUUUGGUCAAAGUGGCCUUCAAAAAGGUCUUAAAAAGUCUUAAAUUUGGCUCCCAUAAACCUGCAGAUACCCUGGAGAAGUACAAAAUCGGUUCAGAGCGACUGCCGGGUCUGCAGUUUGAAUGCGGACCCGGCUUUGCUUCUGUUCCAUUACCAGCUGAACUUCAACUCAUCAGAUACAAACCAAAACUAAACAUGUUAGUUUUUUGAGAGGUUAAAUGUUCUUGUGAUUUGUGAAAAUAACAGGAAACAAACACCCAGCUGUUAAAUCUGAGCGCUUAAACCGACUGCAUGCUUUUGUCGUUGUUGGGGCGUGUUAGAUGUGUGCUCACGUAGCUGGGUAUUCCACAAAACAGACAUUUUCUACGGUUUGGUCCGUCAGCCGUACGAAAGUGAAGAUAAACAGCACCAAAAAAAUGCUGUUUAAAAAAAACUCCAUUGUCAAUUUGCUUGUAGAUGUAAAUGGUGGGUUUUAGGUUUCGUAUCGUUAAAGCCCACGACAUAAAUGCUCUUGCAAGCUCAAUCACUGAGCCGUGCAGAAGACCACAGGUGAAGGGUGAUGUCCCUGCCCAAGGAAUGUGUUUUUGGCAAAGAUGCAGGCUAAUUAGCGAAUGGCUGCUACCUGCAGGCUUGGCAUGGACUGUGCUUCACUGGAAAUGUAGCUGAGGUGGUGUGGGCCCAAGUUUUUUCUUACAUGGGUGGGGGACAACAUUCAGUUUUACAAAAGCCGAGCUACGUGUGAACAUGGUCAAUUGACUAAAGCUACCUUUGGAAAGAAAAUGUCUAUUGUCUUGACUCUAUAAUAAAUAUUAAGGAAGAUUUCAGCUUUUAUAUGCAUUUCAGUCUGCAGGAUAAUGGGCUCGACACACGGGAGGCGACAUCGCCUCUCCUCCAUUCAUUUUCAAUGAGACAUGCGCGACAAAUCGCGGGUCUCCCUCCUACCAAGCGAAACGCGAAAAACGUGCGUGUGAAAUUUUGCGCUCGUGCACGUGUCGUGCACAGACGAUCCAGCGAAGCAAUCCCAGAAAGUAGAAAUAUUUUCAACUUUUCAUCGCUGUCGCUCGGGCGAGGACCAAUCAACGGAGGUUUCAUUCACUGACCAAUGAGCGGACAGGAUGCUCCGUACAUCUCCGAGCAAACAUGGAGGAGAAGUUGAUUAUUAUUAUGUUUUAUAAAGUAAAAUCAGAAGUAAGAUUUCACAUAACUCUAGCAGCACCUUGUGAAACAUCAUAUUUACCGCUUUAUUAACUCUGAACCGCUUAAAUAACCUUAAUUCCCUCCAACCUGACACAGCCAAACAAAACAACGAAAGUUUCGAUUUCGCCAUGGAACAGAACGCGUAGACGCGUAGCUUUGCCGCUGACCGCCUCCCGUGUGUCGAGCCCCUUACUCUUGACUUUUUGGGUUAUUUUUCUAAUUUUGUGAUUGUUUGGUAACUUGAGUCUCUGGUUCACGAAGAAGAUACCACUGCUUCUUCACAUCCUUUUGUUUUUCAAUAAAAUACUAUAAAACUGU